CAUGGCAGCUUCCGUGAAGAUCGUCCGUGUGACAUAACUUCAGCUUUGGAUUGUUCUCUAACAUCUCUUACCUUUAUUCUAGCCUCAGUUUCCACUGGAUCUGCACGUGUGCGUUUCUCAUGUUGACCAGGAGGCUCCGCCGCCUGCAGAGCUUCCUCUCGCCGGUAUCCAGACGUGCGAGUCGCCUCGCCAGGACGCAGUAUGACGUCAUCGUGGUGGGUGGGGGUCACGCGGGCACCGAGGCGGCGGCGGCCGCCGCCAGAGUGGGAGCUGAAACACUCCUGAUCACACAGAAAACACAGACAAUUGGCGCUCUGUCCUGUAACCCGUCCAUGGGAGGAGUGGGGAAAGGUCACCUGGUCCGAGAGGUCGACGCUCUGGACGGCCUGUGCGGCCGGGCGGCCGACUGGGCCGGGAUUCACUUCUCCGUUCUGAAUCGGAGGAAGGGGCCGGCGGUGUGGGGGCCGAGGGCCCAGCUGGACCGCCAGCGCUACCGGGAAUUCAUCCAGUCCGAGCUGCUCUCCACUCCCAGACUGACGGUGGUGGAGGGGUCGGUGGAGGAGCUGCUGGUGGAGGAACCGGACCCAGAGAGGCCCGGGCGCCACAGAGUCACCGGGAUACGUUUGGCAAACAGCGACCGCCAGAUCUCCGCCGGCGCCGUCGUUCUCACCACCGGCACCUUCCUGUCCGGCUCGCUGUUUGUGGGGCAGACCUCGUCUCCCGGGGGUCGGAUCGGAGACGCUCCGUCCAGCGCCGGGCUGUCCCACACUCUGAGGGACAGGCUGGGGCUGAGGACGGGCCGGCUGAGGACCGGCACCCCUCCGAGGAUCGUGAAGGAGUCCGUAGAUCUUUCUUUGGCCCAGCUGCACCCUGGGGACAGCCGCCCGAGUCCGUUCAGCUUCCUCAACACACACACACGCUGCAAGCCAGAGGAGCAGCUGCCUUGUUACCUGACUUUAACCACUCCCGGCGUGGAGAGAGUGGUGAGAGAAAGCCUCCAUCUCAACUGUCACAUACAGCAAGACACCAAAGGUCCCAGGUACUGCCCCUCCAUUGAGUCUCGAGUGCUUCGCUUUCCGGGGCGGCAGCACCAGGUGUGGCUGGAGCCCGAGGGCGUGACCUCCGACCUCCUGUACCCGCAGGGCCUGUCCAUGACCAUGCCGCCGGAGAUCCAGCUCCGCCUCAUCAGGGAGAUCCCGCCCCUGCGCAGAGCCGAGAUCCGCACGCCAGGUUACGGCGUCCAGUACGACUUCGUUUGCCCCACCCAGCUGAGCCCGGCGCUGCAGGUGAAGAGCACUCAGGGUCUGUUUCUGGCCGGUCAGAUCAAUGGGACGACCGGGUACGAAGAGGCUGCUGCACAGGGCCUGUGGGCGGGGAUCAACGCCGGCCGCUCGGCGCUCUCCAUGCCCGUGGCGGCGCUGUCCCGAACGGAGAGCUACAUCGGGGUCCUCAUCGACGACCUGGUGAGCCGGGGCGUCACCGAGCCGUACCGCAUGUUCACCAGCCGGGCCGAGUUCCGGACUUCGCUCCGCCCCGACAACGCUGACCUCCGCCUCACGCUGAAAGGGUUUGAGGAAGUAGGAUGUGUGUCUUCCCUGCGUUACAAAGAGGCAAUCAGAGUGCGGGACGCCAUCCAGGAGGCCAUCGCCGCCCUGCAGUCCGUCUCCCUGUCCAGCGCCAACUGGAAGAAAAAGCUCCCUGCAUGUAACAUCAGUGACGGCAGGAGCGGCUGCCUGACAGCCAUGGAUGUCCUGCUGUACAGUGACAUCUCCUUUGACAUGUUGGCGUCCGUGUUCCCGGAGUGCUUUUCGUCAUACAGCGAGUUCUCGCAAAGACUCAAGAUUGAGGCUGUUUACAGGCCACACUGUGACAAGCAGAGGAAAGAGAUCGAGAGGAUUCAGCGGGAGGAGAGCAUGGCUCUGCCGGACGACAUCGACUACUGGUCCCUGCCGGCGUCGCUGUCUCAGGAAGCCAGAGAGAUUCUGGACAGAGUUCGACCGAGCACACUGGGGGCUGCAACUCGUCUGGAAGGUAUAACUCCCGCAGCGGUAGUUAACCUCUUCAACUACGUGAACUUCAAAGAGAAAAAUGAUGCAAGAACUCAAAAACCAAACGAAAAGCUGGAGCGAGAAGAGGAUCUGUUUGCAAGAAAUGCACCUUUACCACACUGAUUUAAAAACACUUCUGUAAGAACACAACUGUUACCAACCUAAAAAAGUUUUAUUUAUACAUAAUAAAAGCAUAAAUAA